UCAGGAUCAGGCAGGGUCGGCAACAAGUCAGGCAGGAACAGGAACAGGAAUGCAGGUUACAAGAUACAGGGGCCCAUGGAAAAACACACACCAAGGCACAGACUGCAGGUCUGGCCAUCCCUUAAAUACACCACCUGCAAUCAGCCCCAGGUGAUGGCUAAUUGCCGAAGUGAACCUCUGGUUGUUGAGAGCACCUGCUGGCCAGCCCUGGUACUGCAGCCCACAAGGCAGGUGAGUCCCACCACUAUUGGCAAGUCCAUUCCUGACACGUGACUUGGGGGAAGUCAUGGAUCUGGAGGGCUGGAAC